UGAUUUUUCCCGGAAGUGAAUAGAACGUGAUACCCAAAACAAGACUGGAAUCGGAAAGUAACAGUUUUGGUGGAAUCAUUGGCGCACAUGUCUUCAUACUCUGAAGAUAAAGUGGCGGGCUCCUUUGGCUCGUUUCCAAAGGGCUUUGGCUAUGGGCCUGAUGAGAAUGACACUGACACACAGGCAUCAUCAUCAGAACACAAACCAAGGAUCCUACUAAUGGGAUUAAGAAGAAGUGGGAAAUCCUCCAUACAGAAGGUAGUUUUUCACAAGGUGUCACCCAAUGAAACUCUAUUCCUGGAAAGUACCAACAAGAUCGUAAAAGAAGAUAUUACCAACUGCUCCUUUGUAAAGUUCCAGGUGUGGGAUUUACCUGGCCAGAUUGAUUUCCAUGAUUCUAUAUAUGAAGAAUGUGAAGCUAUUAUCUUUGUCAUAGACUCCCAGGAUGAAUACAUGGAUGCUCUUGCUAAACUUAAUGCCACGGUGUCCAAAGCCCAUCGUAUCAAUCCGGGCAUCAAAUUUGAAGUCUUCAUCCAUAAAGUUGAUGGUCUGUCUGAUGAUCAUAAGAUUGAAGCCCAGCGGGACAUCCAUCAUAGGGCAUCCGACAACCUAGCAGAGGAGGGGCUGGAAAAUCUACAUCUAAGUUUUUAUUUAACAAGUAUAUACGACCACUCCAUAUUUGAGGCAUUUAGCAAAGUGGUGCAGAAAUUGAUUCCCCAGCUUCCUGUUAUGGAGAACCUAUUAAAUAUACUGAUUUCUAAUUCUGGAAUUGAGAAGGCGUUCUUGUUUGAUGUGAUAAGUAAAAUCUACAUUGCCACUGAUAGUUCUCCAGUGGACAUGCAGACAUAUGAAAUCUGCUGUGACAUGAUUGAUGUAGUGAUAGACAUGUCCCAUAUAUACGGGGUAAAAGAUGAUGCAGCAUUUGACACCAAGUCAGCAUCAAUCAUUAAACUGAAUAAUGGGACAGUGAUGUACCUAAGGGAAGUAAACCGGUAUCUGGCGCUGGUCUGCAUCAUGAGGGAGGACAGCUUUGAGAAACAAGGUGUGAUAGACUACAACUUCUUGUGUUUCCGCCAAGCUAUCCAGGAUGUGUUUGAGGUCAAACCAUGUUCAGGACACGCUUCAAUGGCUUUGACCUCCUCAAGUGACUUUCCACAAGCAAACGGUGCCAUAAAGUGAUCUGCAUGAUCGGAUUUUGAUUUCUGUGUUUUAUGUACAAUACAUGGAGGGGUACGCGAUCAUGACAAGAUUGUGGCCAAGCAAGCAGGAACAGUCAGUCAGGGUCAGAGUUUUAAUAAUGAGGGUUGAAUUGAUUGCUAAUUAAGUGCUUUAUAUAAAGUGUGUUAUUUUUUGUGAUCAUUCUGGGGGUUGAUUAUGACCCUGUAUGACUGAUAUUUAUUUUACUGAUUAUAUAAUCCUGGUAUGAGAAAUGAUAAUUCAGAGCCAGUUAUUCAUAAUCAUGGUCAAAUUUUAUUACAAACAAUCCUUAUGAUCAGAGUAAGUAUGAGUGAUCUUUGUGAUGACAGUAUGAAUGAUUGUAAUUAUCACAGGAAGUACCUGUUUGAGGGUUCAUUGUGAUCGGAAAAAUUGUAUAGGUGAUCUUACAAAUGAGAGUUAGUACAGGGGAUCUUUAUGAUCACUUUUAGUAUGGACGAUAUGUAUGAUUAUGAUAAGUAUGGAAAAUAUUUACACCGCUGCAGUCAAAUAUGCAUCAGUUUUCAUCCUAUUUACCUCAAAGUGUGACCCCUAUAUUUUCUGAGUGGCUUUGUAAGUUUGGUAUGAGAGGUGUCCAGGUACACAGCAUUA